CUAUUCAUAUUUCCGUUAACGGCAGAAUUAUGACAAAAAUGGCGUCUGCUAGCUGGAAUCAAGAGACUAAGUUGAGAUUAAACGAUAAGAUCCAGCUGACUGUGACUGACAUGGGAUCGUUAGUGCGCCAAGUUAUACGAGGAUCAAAAAGCAGUGAAAUGCUAAGUCAGGCUGCCAAAAACUUUGCAUCACAAGAACAGCAUGUUCACAACUCAAUGGAGACAAUGAAGAAGAUGGACACAGUAAGAUCACAACUGCAACACCAACACGCUGCAAUUGAAAGAAGUCUUAUUCACCUUGAUGAAAUCCAAGAUCAACUAGCGACAAUCAAAUGAAAGUCCACCAAAGAAUGCCCAUCAAAACUGAUCAAACUGGGGAAUUAUGGUGGCAGAUUUCCUCAAUAAAAUGACUUUCUAAACUUAUUGCUGCGACGGCAUGGAAGAUCUCACAAGUGCUGAACAAAGGAGCAGAAAAAAAAAUUCAGCCUUUACUGGGUGGUCCAAGACCCAGAAAGUUCUUACAUUUAAAAAAAUGUCACCUAGUGAAACCUCUACUUAUCCUAUAAUUGUCUAGUUGGAGGAUUUUCCUCAGUAGAUAGAAUACCAUUUCAUUUUGUCAGCAUUUGUCCAUUUAGAGGGUUCAUGUUUUUUUUCUGUUGAAUCUUUCCGUGUUCUUAAAUUGAAAUAUGGUCAAAGAGACAAACAGCAGUGAUCAAACUCAAAAAUUGGGAGGUGGUGUUUUCCAAUGUCACUUAAAUUUGAGAAUAAAAGAAAACAUGCUUAUUACUCAAACUUUUCAAUGAUAUUUUGGACUAGAAGAGUUAAUCAUAAUCUGACCAGAAAACAUGCACUAAUGCAUUGUUUGUAGGAAUUGCAUUAGUCUCAGGUUUAAACCCUUCUGCAUAAAACAAGUUGAAAGACACUCGCAGAUUCACAGAACAUAGCCCUAAUAUUAGUUUAAAAAAAUUUCUUGCAAAAUUUUUUUUUCGAUAAUGCCCAACAAUGGGUCUAAAAUUUAGUAAUAAUGUCGAUAAUCCAGAGAAUACACAAACAUAUUCUAAUGUAGAACUGCCCAAUCAUUAAGCCAAAUUUGUGACAUAUAGAAAAGUGCUUUGACUUUUAUACAAAAAGCAGAAGAGUCUAUAUGAUUCUUUACACUUUACACUGAUUUUCCACUAAGAAUUUGGAUGGUAGUAUCUUAUAAUGAAUUAAUCCACACCAGAAAAAUACUACAGUAUAGAGAACUUUCACAGAUAUUUAACAGUUGACAUAACAUGGUCGUAGUAUGCAUUGCAAAAAUAGGUCAAAGAUGUGACCAAAAGAUUGGAUACAUUAUAACCUUAACACAUUCUUACUGGUAAUGGAUCACAGCUACUCUUGCACAGCAACAUGUCACUUAGCUGUUACAAAAGCAUGCCAUCUUUUAACACCUCCCUCCACAAACCUGUUUAUGAGAAAUCAUCAGUUAAUGGAUGAAUGAAAAAAAAAUGCAAACCUAGAGAUAAGAACCCAUAAAUUUUGUUUUAAAGGCAUUUUAUAUUAAAAUGUUCCCAUCAA